CAGCCAGCCUUUGCUCCUUCACACUCCUACAAAACAAACAUUCGAAAAUUACUAUUUCCAGCAAAAUUACCGGGAUAUUACCACAACAAUCCCUCAAAUUUGUGUUCGUAUUCAAAGUAGCUCAUGCUCUGAAAAAUUUUCUGGGCACAAAUUACUCAAUCUUUAAUAAUAUACCUUACAAAAAGUCUGGAAAACUCCUCAAAAAUGGGAGAGACCACUGGACAACACAAAAACCUUGUUUUCGAUAUUUCCAUUAAUGUCCCUACUAAGACAGACUCCGAGUGCUUUGACGACGAUGGCCGCCUCAAACGAACUGGCACUGUGUGGACUGCAAGCGCACAUAUCAUAACGGCCGUGAUAGGUUCUGGGGUUCUGUCCCUGGCUUGGGCCGUGGCCCAAUUGGGCUGGAUCGCAGGCCCAACUGCCAUGCUCUUAUUCUCCGUCGUGACAUAUUACACUUCUACCCUUCUGGCCACGUGUUACCGGUCCGGCGACCCAGACACCGGAAAGAGGAACUACACAUACAUGGACGCUGUCAGGGCCAACUUAGGUGGCUUACAGGUUAAACUUUGUGGGGCGAUUCAGUACUUGAAUCUUUUUGGGAUUACAAUUGGGUACACCAUUGCAUCAUCCAUAAGCAUGAUGGCAAUUGAGAGGUCAAAUUGCUUCCACUCAAAAGGAGAUGAAAGCCCAUGCAGAGUAUCGAGCAAUCCAUAUAUGAUUGCAUUUGGUGUUGUGGAGAUAAUUUUGUCACAAAUCCCAGAUUUUGAUCAGAUUUGGUGGCUCUCAAUUGUGGCUGCUGUCAUGUCCUUCACUUACUCCAUCAUUGGUUUAAGCCUUGGCAUUGCAAAAGUUGCAGAGAACGGAAUAAUUAAGGGGAGCCUGACGGGAAUAAGCAUUGGCACGGUCACUCAGACACAAAAGAUCUGGAAAAGCUUUCAAGCCUUUGGAGCCAUUGCAUUUGCCUAUUCAUACUCAGCCAUCCUCAUUGAAAUUCAGGACACCGUGAAAUCGCCGCCGGCGGAGCACAAGACGAUGAGGAAGGCGACGCUAAUAAGCGUUUCCAUAACCACCGUCUUCUACAUGAUGUGCGGCUGCUUCGGGUACGCCGCCUUCGGCGACGACUCCCCCGGCAACCUCCUCACCGGAUUCGGCUUCUACAACCCCUUCUGGCUCAUCGACCUCGCAAACGCCGCCAUCGUCUUCCACCUAAUCGGCGCCUACCAGGUCUUCUGCCAGCCGAUCUUCGCCUUCGUCGAGAAGCACGCCGCGUCGCGCUUCCCCGACGGCGAAAUCGGAAACACCGACAUCAACGUCUCCGUGCCGGGCCUCCGGCGGCCGUACCGGCUCAAUCCCUUCCGGCUCGUGUGGCGGACUGUGUUCGUGGUGCUGACCACGCUGAUCUCGAUGCUGCUGCCCUUCUUCAACGACGUGGUGGGGAUUUUGGGGGCGCUAGGGUUCUGGCCGCUGACGGUCUAUUUUCCGGUGGAGAUGUACAUAGCGGCGAAGAGGAUCCCGAGGUGGAGCACGCGGUGGAUCAGCCUGGAGAUCUUGAGCGCGACCUGCCUGGCGGUGUCGGUCGCCGCCGGCGCUGGUUCGGUGGCGGGGGUCGCCGAGCAUCUGAAGGCGUUCAAACCUUUCCAGGCUAAUUAUUGAGGAAAGAUUUUGGUGGUUAUAACUAUAGUGUGAAAAAUGGUUCUAUUGAGUUUUGAGUGUAGUGUGUGUGUGUUCAGGUAGAAGGGGAAAAAAGGGGAGGGAUUGUAUAAUUAAUAUUUAUCAACUGUGAAAAUUCUUGGAUUUAUGUAUGAGUUUCCACUUUCCCCCUAAAUAUAUUUGCUCUUCAUUGAUUAACCUUAUUAAGUUAGGC